AUGGAUCCCGAAAUUCAAAAGUCAAUGGGCCAGAUGCGCAUGUUCCGACAGCAGCAGGCCAAUUGUGCUGCCAAGAUUCAGGCUCUCAAACAGACUCAAAAACGGGUUGAGCUCACUAACAAAGAAAUUAGCUCCCUCGCUCCAGAAACCGCACUGUACGCCUCUGUAGGCCGAUGUUUCAUCUUCAAGUCCCGCUCGGACAUCGACGAAGGCAUGGCCACCCAGCAAAAGAACAUCGCCGAGCAGAUCGAAAAGACUGAAGAGCAGAAGACCGUCCUCGAAAAGAAGGAGAAAGAAAUGAAAGAAACCGUUCAAGAGCUCAUGAAGAACAAGCAAGUUGCCAACUAA